AUGGCGAUUAUGUCAUGCCCUUCAGAAGGCUCCAGCAUCUCAGCUGCUUCUGGAGAAACCCUAGAUUGUGAUGAUCAUCGUCACGAGGCCAAGAACAGAUUGAACAUGAGCGAAAAGAAUGCCGAACCCGAACCCGCUGCUUACCGUCAUCUGGCGAAUCAGAAGAUAUCCAUCGAUGACGACGACAAUGGAGGCGUCAGGUCAACCGACCUAGACCUCAAGCUCUUCAACCAAGGCGUGCCAUCGAAUGCUAAGAAGAGCGAUGAAUCGGCAACAGAGGAGAAAUGCAACGUCCCGAAAGCUAGGGUUUUCGCGUGCAACUUUUGCAAGCGAGAGUUCUCUACCUCGCAGGCUUUGGGGGGGCAUCAGAACGCGCACAAGCAAGAGCGGGCGCUCGCCAAACAGCGCAAGGGGAUGGAAGCUGACCUGCUCGGGGUUCACCCGCACCUGUCAUACUAUUACUCGGGUGUUCCUCAAAUGCCUCUCUAUGGGAGUAUAGGUAGGGCGCUCGGGGUCCGCCACGAGUCGAUGAUUCACAAGCCUUCUUACCCGUCGUCCGCGCUUCCAGGGUACCGGUUCGGGGGUCCAAGGCAAGCGUGCGGCAUAAACCCGAAUUCGAGACCGCCUUUCGAUCGGAUGAGGGUCGAUAGUCUCCAAGCAUAUGGUGGUGCCUCUGGGCUUGGCGAGCCGCCUCCUCCUCCUCCUCCUCCUGCUUUUGAUGGAAGCGCUAGUUCUCAAGCGCACCAAGCUCAAGUCGAUGUAUGUCAUGAUGAUAACAAAUCAAUGAAGAAAGAAGGUGAUCAUCCUGAAGAAGAAGUGCUCCAAAGUGAUGUUUCUGAUCCAUCCGGAAUUGACUUGACUCUCAAGCUUUGA